AUGAAUCAAAUCAAAAUCUGCUUGCCUAUACUGAAUCAGGUUGGAGGAGGGACAAGGAUGACAGGAAGAGCAUUGCGGCCUAUGUGUUCCAUGUAUGGUGGAGCUCUAAUAUCAUGGAGCUCGAAGAAAGAAGAUCCAGUAGCAUUAUCUACCUAUGAAGCUGAGUAUAUAGCAGCUUCCCUUGGAGCAUGUCAAGGUCUAUGGUUGAGAAAAAUGCUAAAAGAAAUGAAGAUUCAAAAGAAGGAACCAGUUUGCUUGCUGAUUGAUAAUAAGUCAGCAAUCAGUCUUGCUAAGAACCUAGUAAAUUAUGGGAACAACAAGCACAUUGAUACUAGGUAUCAUUUUAUCAGGGACAAAGUUAACAAAGGAAAGAUCAAGCUCAUCUACAGCAAAUCAAAAGAUAAUCUUGCUGAUUUACUGACAAAACCAUUGAAGAAAGCCAAGUUUGAAGAACUGAGAAAAUUCAUUCUGUUUAUAGGAGCUCAAUGGACUGGGAUAGUAACAACCAUUGCAAUAGAAAUGCUUAAAUCAGGCAUGGUGGAGGCUGUCAUUUGUGUACAAAGUGAUCCUGAUGACAAAUUUUCUCCUAGACUUGUUUUAGCAAGGACACCAGAAGAAGUGUUGGCUGCUAAAGGUGUCAAGCCAACAUUGUCACCUAACCUCAAUACUCUCGCACUUGUUGAGGCUGCAGGUGUCAAGCGUCUUCUUUUCUGUGUUGUAGGUUGCCAGGUGCAGGCAUUAAGAUCUGUGGAGCACCACCUGAAUUUGGAUAAGCUCUAUAUUGGAUGUAUAAAGGUUUUUUCUGGUUCCACAGUGGACAAUGGUACUAGGGAAGGGCUGGAUAAGUUUCUAAAAGCUGCGAGCCAAUCACCAGAAACAGUUCUACAUUAUGAGUUUAUGCAAGAUUACAAGGUUCACUUGAAGCAUUUGGAUGGUCAUCUUAAACAAGUUCCUUAUUUUUGUCUGCCAACAAAUGAUUUGGUUGAUGUUAUUGCCCCAUCUUGUUACAGUUGUUUUGACUAUACAAAUGCUUUAGUUGACUUAGUGGUUGGAUAUAUGGGUGUGCCAAAACAUUCUGGAAUCGGCAUGACACAACAUCCACAAUAUGUUACAGUCAGGAAUAAACGUGGAAGAGAGAUGUUGAGUCUUAUAGAGAAAUUACUGGAGAUUACUCCAACAAUUAGUACUGGGAAUAGGCGACCAUUUGUCAUGGAGACUGUUAAGGCUGAUGAUGAAGCUAAGUUAGGAAGAGGUCCCUCUCAGCCUGCCCCAAAGUUUAUUGGAAGUUUGUUGGCUUUUAUACUAAACUUGGUUGGUCCAAAGGGUCUUGAAUUUGCACGCUAUUCACUUGAUUAUCAUACCAUUCACAACUAUCUUCAUGUGAAUCGUAUGUGGGGAAAGGAAAGGGCUGAUAAGCACAUGCCUACAUAUGCUAAGAAAAUUGUGGAUUCUUACAACCAAAAUGGUCAAAUUGAGAAGAUGCUUUCUAACAAGUGAUUCUAACAGAUUAAAAGCUUCCAAUCAGUGGCAUAGGUGACUUCAAAGUAUGCAUUGAGUCUAUGUCAUUGGAAAUGAUCAGGAGGUCAUAACUAAGCCUAUAUUUUGAUAAAGCUUGUUCAAUGAAUUCCACAGAUUCAAAGAGAAGUGAUUAGCAGGUUGGACAACUCUUGAUUCAUAUAAAAGUAUUUAGGAUAGCGUACUCAGCAAAUAUGAAGAUUUAAAUACGAACUUGCUCAUUAGUCUACUCAUUUUUUAGCUUUGCAAAACUGCCUUUCGAGUUGUAUAAC